CUGUGUCUUUUAAAUGUGAAUAUAUGUGUACAUGUUGUCUCUUCCUCCAUUAAACUGUGAAGAGCUCUAAGGUUAAGAAUUGAGUUCCUCCUGCAGUUCAGCAUCCCUCUGAUUCCCACUCAGAAUCCAAAGCAGGGCUCUGCUUAUGCUGUAUAUCUGUGGGGAGGGAAGAGGAGGUGUUUGGUAUUUCCUAGUGUUAACUGACUUUUCUUAUCUUUUAGUUGUGAAGAUCAAUUAAUGAAGACAAAGAACCACUCAGAGGUGAGUGCCUUUGUUUUCCAGGGAUUCUCAAACUUUCAGGAGCAUCAGAUCACACUCUUUGUAGUGUUUUUGGCUCUGUACAUCUUAACUCUGGCUGGCAAUGUCAUCAUUGUGACUAUCAUUCGCAUUGAUCAUCACCUUCACACUCCCAUGUACUUCUUCCUGAGCAUCUUGUCAACUUCAGAGACCUUCUACUCUCUAGUUAUUAUCCCUCGGAUGCUCUCUAGUUUGGUGGGUCUUAGCCAGUCCAUCUCCUUUAUAGGAUGUGCCACCCAGAUGUUCUUCUUCCUUGGCUUUGCCAUUACGAAUUGUCUCCUGUUGGCAGUUAUGGGAUAUGAUCGCUAUGUAGCCAUCUGCAACCCUCUCCGUUACUCUGUUAUCAUGAACUGGAGAGUCUGUACUCUCAUGGUAUCCUCAGUUGGUAUUACAGGCUUCUCUCUUUCACUUGUCCAGGCUGUGGCCAUCUUCCGGUUGCCCUUCUGUGAUCCACUUAUUGAGCACUUUUUCUGUGAUGUACGACCUAUACUUGAUCUGGCCUGUGCCAGCACAUUCAUCAAUGAUAUCCUGACUUUAAUUAUCAGCCUUCUGGCCAUCAGUGCACCUGCCACUUUCCUCUUGAUCACCUACAUUCUCAUCAUCUCCACCAUCCUUCACAUAGCCUCAGCUGAGGGACAGCGCAAAGCCUUUGCCACAUGCGCCUCUCAUCUCACAGUGGUCAUUAUCCACUAUGGCUGUGCUUCCAUCGCCUACUUCAAACCCAAGUCAGAGAACACUAAAGACCAAGACCAGCUGAUUUCUGUGACCUAUACUGUCAUCACUCCCCUGCUAAAUCCUGUCGUUUACAGCCUGAGGAAUAAGGAAGUCAAGGAUGCCCUGAGCAGAGCUCUGAGGAGGAAAUCCCUUUCUUAGCAUCUCUGAAAGGACUGGAUGACCUUAAUCCAAGAGCUAGACAGUUUCUUAUGUUGUCAGACAAUUUUGCAAUGGAGGCAACUAGAAAUUUGGGGGAGUUCAAUUUGGCAUCAUUUGAGCCAAAAGCAGGAUAAAACUGCUAAAUUCACUACACAUCCUCAAACUCUGGAAAUAUGUCAAAAGCAUCGAGCUAUCCCUUAGGCCAGUUACUAU